UUUUUACUCUUUGAUAUCUGAGCGCAAAAGCCCAUUUUAUCCUCUAGAGCGGCAAAGUGAUUUGAAUUUAGAACGUCAUGUGGACUGAGUUUGUGAAUUCGGCUGUGUUCCGAAAUUAAACUCAGUAUACUGCCUAGUGUUAAUGACCUCACGAAUCAAUGCCUUAUUGUACGGAGUGCUACGGUGAUACAAGUUGACGUAAUGUCCUGAGCACUAGCUUCGGAACACAGCCCGUCAUCAACAUUUUUGAAUUCAGAAAACCUUGGUACUUUUUUUCUUAAUUUGCGUUGCGCGCGCUAAUUUCUUUUUACGUCAUAUUGUUUAAAAGUGAAAACAUAUUCAAAUAUUAAAAUGAGUGAUUUUAUAGUGACGACGACGACAUAUAUUUGACGCCGACAGAAUUGAUCGAAACUGUAAAUAAUGUACAGAUGACCUUUCUCCCUCAACAAUCACGCGAGAAGUAUUUGAAACAAUAUGAAAUGUUCAAUACAUGGCGAAUAGCUAAAGGUGCCAAAACAUUUUCAGAAAACGUUUUGCUUGCAUAUUUUGUUGAAUUAUAUAAGACGAGGAAAUCUAGCACACUAUGGAGUACUUACUCAAUGCUAAAAGCAACGAUUAAGAUGAAAAAAGAUAUUAAUAUCGAAACAUAUACUAAGUUACUGGCAUUUUUAAAAAGAGCCUCAUCUGGUCAUCAACCAAAAAAAUCGAAAGUUUUCACAGCAUCCGAAAUAGAAAAGUUUGUUAACAAUGCACCAGAUUCCAUGUAUUUGGCGGCAAAAGUUGUUCUUAUUAUUGGCAUAAACGGAGCAUGUAGAACAAAUGAACUAACACUGCUUAAUGUCACAAAUAUUGAGAAACAUUCGGAUGAAUUGUUAUUGAUACACUUAACGAAUACAAAGACCAAAAGAGACCGCAACUUCGUCAUUCGCAAGGAGUGCGCAGCGAUUGUAGAGAAAUACAAAGCUUUACGCCCUCUUAACACUCCAACCAAUCGAUUUUUUCUACAAUAUCGCAACGGAAAGUGUGUUCGACAGCCUAUGGGUUCUAAUAAAAUUGGCAGUAUCCCACGAGAAAUAGCGACAUUUCUCGAACUCCCAGAACCUCAACUGUACACGGGUCAUUGUUUCCGACGAACUUCAGCCACACUUUUGGCCGAUUCAGGAGCUGAUCUUCUGUCUCUUAAGCGUCAUGGAGGCUGGAAGUCUAAUGCGGUAGUAGAAGGAUAUAUAGAGGAUUCUAUCGAAAAUAAGUCUAAAAUAUGUAAAGGCAUCAUGGGAGCCAUUACACUGAACAAGCCUUUGUCAGAUCCUUGGACUGGCCCUUCCACAUCAACAAUGAGCCGGUACGAAACAUCUAGCCUUCGCCCUCUCUCGCCAACAUUUACGCCAAAGGAAUCUAAUGAAUCUGUAGAAAUAUUAAGUGAUACAGAUAACUUACCAAAAAACAAUAAUAAUAAUACACAAGUCUCUACCACCAACAUUACAGUACCGAACAAAAACAAAAAUAUUACACUCCACAUAACUAACUGUAACAACGUUACAUUCAAUUUUUCUUAAUUUCUAAUCAUCAUUUGUUAAGAUUAAUAAAUUAGCCUGUAGUAUAAUGUAGUAGUUAAUACCCAAACUAAAAUUAAAUUAUAUUGAUUGCAAA